AUGGAUAACCUUCACUUGAGUGUCAUAGCUGUGGUCCUUUACUCUAAUCUUCCUGGAUCAGUGGGAACCAAGUCACAGCGGAUUCUUCUUGAUACGCAUCACCAUUCAGACUGCUGGUGGGAUGGGGAGUUCUCAGUGAAUUGUUCUUUUACCGGAAUAUCUACUAUUCCAGAAGAUGUAUCACAAACAGCAGUAACAGCUGAUUUUAGUUACAAUAAUAUUAAAACAUUUGUAUGCACUGAUGGAAGAAAUGAAGAAUGGAUGCUAAAACACCUGAAUCUCAGUAACAACCUGAUUUCUGAACUCUCCUUAACUACUUUUAGAAAUUUACCCGUUUUAGAAACACUAAACCUCGAUGGUAAUGCUAUCCACACCCUCACUCUGGACUUACCUGCGCCUGCACAUGGGUCUAAAAAGCAUGGAAAAGGCCGUCAUCUCCUGCCCGCUUUGAAAGUAUUGUCAGUUGAAAGAAAUAAUCUUAAUAUAGUUCCAAGAGGACUGAGCCUGCUGCCAUCUUUACAAACCAUCCGUUUGUCAUCCAAUGGCAUACGAAAGAUUGAGCUGAAUGAUUUUCAAAACUGUUCACAGCUGAAGGACAUCGACUUGCAGAACAACAAGAUAACUCAGAUUCACCCGGACGCCUUCAGGGAUCUCAGCAAAUUACAGGUCGUGGAUCUCCGUGAAAAUGCUAUGACAACCCCUCUACCACAGUUAUUAAUUACUUUGAACUUCUUUCAACUUGAAGUAGAUUUCUCAAAUAAUGCCUGGAUAUUUAAUUGCAGACUAAAUGCUUUCAAACAUUUAUAUAAAAAUUUUCUUUUUGACUCUACGAGUGAAAAAUUGAGUAUUUCAUACAAUAAAUCUGCCAACGACUCACAGAAACCUCUGCUGUACCUUUCAAGUUUCCAUUUAAACUGCAGUGACAGUGUUUUGCUCAAGACAACUGUGGUCCCAACAGGGAAGACGUCGGUGCUAAACUGUGACGUGGACAACACAAGGGGUAAUGGAGUCUCUUGGUGGACACCUAAAGGCAGAAUUUCAAAAGAUAGUAAUCUUCCUCAUUUGACACUGGAUAAAAUGAAUAAUUUAGUAAUAUACAAUGCUGAGAAAAGUCUUGAAGGGUUAUAUUUGUGUAUUCUUAAUACAAGAAAGAAGAAAUAUCUCAUCUACAAUAUACAGGUGAAAGAAAGGGUUUCAACAUUUUUCUUUAGAAGAGCCCGGGACACUCACACUGUUUUCAGACAAGGAAGAACCAAGCAAGACCUUGCACUGGCUGUCUGCCUCUCGGUGCUCAUUACGUUCGUUUGUGCUUUUUGUCUGGGUGUUUUUGCUAGACCCUACCUCCUGAGCCUGUGGGGACUCAUGCGCAGGAACAAAAAUUCGGGUUCAGAACAUACUUAUUCUAACCAAGCUUUUUCAGAUGAAACCUUGAGCAGAGAGUACUCUGCAAGCAAACCAACAAACAUGCAGAGUAAUUUGUUCACUUGUGGUGGGAAUCCUUCAAGAAACACAUGCAUUGUUCCUACAGACACUUCUAUUUUGUAUGAAAAUGUCAUUGAUAGCAGUGUACAUACACCAAAUACUGAAGACUACCAGAAACAAAGCAAUAAUGAGAUCAACAUGAAGAAAAAACCAGCAUUUUCAGACAUCAAAACUAGUAUCAGCAAUGAUGAAAACAGAAAUGUUGAUGAUAAUGGACUAUUUUCUGUAGGGUUAGAUUACAAGAACAGCAAUGAAGUAAUGCCGAGAAAAUUAAUGAGUAAAGACAUUUCAUUAUGGGAAGAUUCAAAUUAUGCAAAUAACGAAGACUCAGAGAAGGGCAGGUUCCCUCCCAUACCCAGGAGAUUAAAUGCCGACUCUUACUCAAAUCCCAUGGACUAUUCAGAUUUAGAUUUAUCCAUCACAGGAGAAACUGGCUUUCCAUUCUCCGCGAUACCAACACAUACAGUCGCGCAAGAGUCUAGGAACAGCAAGGUAAGCAACAACUCUGGUCUGCUGCAGUCUGAAAUCACAAAGGCUACACCAGAGUCUCCUGAAAGAAAAGGCAUUGUUUCACAUAGCGAGCCCACAAGCAUUACAAAGUUUAUGCCUGAAAAGCAAAGCUGUGAUGAAGAACGUGGUCUAAAAGGCAACAUAAAUAUAGCCAGUGAUGUGGGAGAUUUUAUUUUACCCAGUAGCUGCAAGGGAGAUACAAAUACUGAGAAUUUAAGUGUCUACCAAACAAUAGAAAACUCUCCUCUUACACAGUACGACUGUACAACAGAACGUACAAAUGAGAAAGAUGCUUCAGCAUAUCGAUUCAGUGAUAGUUCUUCAGAUGAAGGGACUCCAUUCACAAUGAGUGACUGUAGUUCUUUAGCAGACUUUGAACUGGAACAGCCUGGUGUUAGCGACACCUCGCCAGUCUGUCAGUUGUUACUAGAGGAAACUGAUACGAACAGUAGAACUGAGAAGAUCUCAACGCUGCCAGAGUCUCCAAACAUUGCUGCUGAACUUCAGCGUACUGGGAAAAAUGAAGACAAAAACAAUGCAUAUUUUGAAACCACUAAUAAUUUCAAAUCAGAUACUAUGAUGCGUGAAACAGCAUCACCUUAUGCUGAUAAAUGUCGUCACCAUGAAAGCAUGUCAGAUUCAGACACAGUUAGUUCUUCAAGUCAAGAAGUUCGUGAUAUAUUUGAGCAUUUCACCAAUGCAGAGUCAACAGUACAGAACUCUCUUUCCCAUUCUCUCCGCAAACAAACUGAUGAUUUUGGUAAUAUGUUACUUCCAUUAAAACAUUCUCCCACAUACGACACGGACACAGAGAACGCUCCUGAAGAGGGUGAAUUGGAGCUGUACCAGUUUCCCAUUGAACCUCAGCACUCCCUCAGAUUCAGCCCCACUGAACAAACAGAAAAUGCACCAGAGGGAAGAACAGACGAGCACCUAGAUCGGAACUCCUCUGAACAGAAUCAUGGUGAAGGGGACAUUACAUUAAGAAGAGACACGAGUACAUCCGAGGACGACGAUUUUAUUUUUGCUCCCAUUGAUACCUGUUUGAAUGAAACUGUUAAAAAAGCACCACUACUGCAUUCCAGCAACGAGUCGUCUCUUCAGCCUCUGUCCAAACACACAACUGAAACACAUUUUACCGUUAUUACAGAGAAAGAGGACUUGCUACCCCAGGGGAUGCAGGUGAACACAACUAAGGCGUGUGCAGAUAAAAUGCAAAAAGGUUUUAAUGAGAAAGACUGUGAUGGAUACACAGAAUCACACGAUACCAGCCACUGUAGUCUGCCCAAAGAAAUGCAGUCUUCCAACGCUAUGGCCGAUGCAGGUUUGCUGCAUCUUCACUCUUCCAGGAAAACACAAUCAGUCUCCAACACAGAAGAUCGUUUCCAACUGGAUCAGAGCGAUGAGGAUGCAUAUUCCUUCUCGGUCCCACAAGGCUUCUUCAACGAAAGCACACGAUACAGUUCAUGUUCAUUCCCACGGAAGACUACAGGAAAUAUGAUCUCCGAAAGCACUGAUUCCAGCAAGGCAGAGGAUGACACUACUUCGACAGGACUGGAGAACAAUUCUACAACAGCUGUCGACCUCCAAAAUUCAAGUGAAAAACUCAGUCAAAAAAGUCAGACCAACGUAGGACAGGGACAGUUUUUUGUUAAGAAGAAGAGAGCGUUUGAUGGAUUUGCUAAUGUUUUGCAAAGCAGGAGAACAAAUUUCAACAGCUGA